UGUUUUUGUUUGUUGUUGUUAGAUGAUAAGAAAUUGGAGAAAAAAAACAACAUCCAAAUGUGAACCGUUAGAAAAACAACAAAAUGGUAUCCUAUACGCAAGUGGAACACCCGCCGAGGAGCGACCUUUCCAAGAGAAGCAUCAUAGUCCGCUGCUUGGCGGGGAUCUCGCUAUUGUUGUUGUGUUCCUGGGGUUUCUGGACAAGAUUCGGGGAUGACAAGGGCAAGUGGUGGUCGGGGAACAAAGAACAACGCCUGGUGUGCUACUACGCCACCGAUGACGCCCAUAAUCUCAGCCUGUUGGACGUGCCGGGCGAUUUGUGCACCCACAUCAACAUCGGACCCGCCUUCCUGGACAACUCCACCCUGGUGCUGCCGCAGGCUCUGGAGCGAGUGCUCCGGAACGACAGCCACACCUUUCGGACAGCCCAUCCGCAGGUGCAUCUGCUGCUGUGGAUCGGCGGCGCCGACAGUGGCCAGCAGUUCGCUCACAUGGUGGCCAACCAUGCCCGGCGCAAGGUCUUUCUGCGGUCGCUGCGGGAAGUGCUGCGCUCGUACCCCAGCCUGGAUGGCAUCGAUCUGGACUGGGAGUUCCCGAGUGCCUACAACGAGGAGCGCAUGCACUUCAGCCAGCUGCUGUACGAGAUCCGGGCGGAGUGGGGGCGCGAGAAGCGGUCCUCGGACAUCCUCUCGCUGGCGGUGGCGGCGCCCGAGGGCAUCGCCUUCUACGCCUACAACAUCCGGGAGCUGAAUCUGUACGCCGACUACGUCAACCUGAUGGCCUACGACUUCCACUUCUAUCGCAAGGACAUGCCCUUCACGGGCCUGAACGCCCCGCUCUAUGCCCGCGCCCAGGAACGCUCCCUGAUGGCCACCUUCAACAUCAACUACACGGUCCAGUGGUGGCUGAGCAACGGCCUGGAACCGCACCGUCUGGUGGUGGGCCUGCCCACCUAUGGCCACUCCUUUACGCUGGUCAACGCCCUCAACCGGCGAGUGGGUGCUCCGGCCAUGGGCUAUGGCAAGUGCGGCAGUCUCGGCUUCACGACCCUCUCGGAGACGUGCCAGUGCGUCGGCAACUUCCUGAACCCGGUCUACACCUACGACACGGAGACGUGCUCCCCCUACCUGAGCAUGCUGCACGAGUGGAUCUCGUACGAGAACCAAACCAGCAUCCAGUGCAAGGCCAGCUACGUGAGGUCCUUGGAGCUGGGCGGCGUAAUGGUGUUCUCGCUGAACAGCGAUGACCUGCAGAAUGCCUGCAGCCUGGUGCCGCCGCAGUCGGAUGGCAAGCCCGUCUUUCCCCUAACCCAGACGGUGAGGGAGGUCCUCAACGAGUCCUGAUCAAGGACAUGGUCCUGAUCUGUGUACA